AAACGUUACAUCUUGUGUAACGGUUGAUUUUAUGCACGACUCGCCAGUUGAAAAAAAUAUCAUCGAUAUUUGGAGUUGGUGGAAAAAAACUGGGGAAACAGUGUUUAUACGUGAAACUAGUUUAGUAAACGUCGAGUAGGUUUGGAUACACGUCUUUUUCUGUCGAUAUAAUGGGAAACUGCCACACCGUUGGACCAAAUGAGGCCCUUGUGGUUUCAGGUGGCUGCUGUGGCUCAGAUCAGAAGUCGUAUGUUGUGGGGGGCUGGUCUUGGGCCUGGUGGCUCAUCUCUGACAUCCAGAGGAUAACGCUUGAGAUUAUGACCCUGCAGCCCAAGUGUGAGGAUGUAGAGACAGCGGAGGGUGUAGCUAUUACUGUCACUGGGGUGGCUCAGGUGAAAGUGAUGACAGAGAAUGAGCUGCUGGGUUACGCCUGCGAACAGUUCCUGGGGAAGUCAGUGGUGGAGAUCAAGAGUGUGAUCCUGCAGACCCUCGAGGGUCACCUGCGGGCCAUCCUUGGUACCCUCACUGUUGAGCAGAUUUACCAGGACAGAGAUAAGUUUGCCACUUUGGUGCGAGAGGUGGCAUCACCGGAUGUCGGCCGGAUGGGAAUCGAGAUCCUCAGCUUCACCAUCAAGGAUGUGUAUGAUAAAGUGGAGUACUUGAGCUCACUGGGCAAAACGCAGACAGCCGCAGUGCAGAGGGAUGCAGACAUCGGAGUGGCAGAGGCAGAGAGAGACGCUGGUAUCAGGGAAGCUGAGUGCAAGAGAGAAAUGAUGGAUGUCAAGUUCCAAGCCGACACAAAGAUGGCCGACUCCAAACGAGAGCUAGAAAUGCAGAAAGCUUCCUUCAAUCAGGAAGUGAACACGAAGAAAGCAGAGGCUCAGCUGGCGUACGAGCUGCAGGCGGCCAAGGAGCAGCAGAAGAUCCGUCUGGAGGAGAUUGAAAUUGAGGUGGUGCAGAGGAAGAAGCAGAUCACCAUCGAGGAUAAGGAGAUCACCCGCACGGACAAGGAGCUCACCGCCACGGUGAAGAGACCCGCAGAGGCCGAAGCUUACAAGAUGCAGCAGUUGGCUGAGGGACGCAAGAUAAAGGCGGUGCUGACGGCGCAGGCAGAGGCCGACAAGAUCCGCCUCAUCGGUGAAGCAGAGGCCUUCUCCAUUGAAGCCAUUGGAAAGGCGGAGGCUGGGAAGAUGAAGCUGAAGGCUGAAGCCUACCAGAUGUAUGGAGAGGCUGCCAAGACAGCCCUGGUGCUGGAGGCUCUGCCCAUGAUUGCCAGUAAGGUGGCUGCCCCGCUGGCUAAGACUGGUGAGAUUGUCAUCCUGAGUGGAGAGGGCAGCCGCAUGACCGGAGAGUUGAACCGUCUGUUAGCUGAACUCCCCGUCUCCGUCAACGCCCUCACCGGAGUGGAUCUGUCUAAGAUCCCUAUGCUGCAGAAGAUGAUGAGCCCGCAGAGCCAAACAGCCAUCUGAGGAGUCAGGCCAGAGACUCCCAAUCUUCUGACAUUUAUCUGCCUCAAGCAUGAAAAGAGUUUUGUCAGCCUCUGACCCCUUAUGCAACUGCCUUUUGACCAGAAACACUUGACACCAACCAAGUUUUUUAAUUUUAAGAGGUUUUUAAUUUUCUAAAGAAUACAAAAGAAAAGCUGGAGCCUUAACUUCUAUAGGACCAGUCUAUAUGUAUCUUCUGUUGUUUUGAUUUUUAGUUUUUAGACAUGUUGAUUAUUAUCACACUGCACUAGAUAGCUAGGAUUAUAUGCUGCAAUCCUGUUCAGUCCUACGAGUCAUCCGAAACAUGCUUUAAAAGGGGGGGUGAGUUGCCCCACUUUCAAUGUGGUGGACUUAAGAAGGAACACAUCCACAGUUUCAGUCGUGAAGGAAAGAGGCCUUAACUUAUAGGCCAGAUCUGAAUACUGUCCUCUUGGGUUGCACCACUUCCCAGUCGGGUGUUAUUCAUCCUCAAUCAGUGAAGUACCUAGUAGUAGACUGAGCCCACUGUGGAAUAUGCAGCUUUAAUUCCCUCUUUUGCUUUUAAAACUACUAUUUCUUCUCGAUAAUUAACUCUGACUCAGAGAGCAUUGAUGGAUUACCAAACCUCUGUACGAUAAUUCUUACCUCACGUCACGUUUCCCUUCUCCCCGUUCUGAUGUACAGUGCCUGUUCACCACUCAAGUGCCCAAACCUUAGGAAGGUGGUUUGGCUUUAGUAUAUCACUGUGUUAUAUAGAUGGACGAUGUUUUAAUAUUGUUCCCUGUUCUCAUAACAUCUGCUUUUACUAACUGAUGUGUCUACUGUCGUGUAUGUGUACCCAGAGAUAACACAAAGCCAUACUUAGAGAAGAUUAGCCUUAAAAGAUGACCCUGGACCCCAAGACAUGGUGGGCGUUCAGGGUGUGAGCUUUAUAUCACUUCCUUUUGUAGUUUCCCGAAUGUCACGUUUUGUAACUUUAAACAGUGACCCCUGGCCUCUAUGUUGCCACUGUGUCGCUUGUCUGACCUACACCCGAUAUGUGAUGACAAAGCAGGGUUAAAAGUGUCAUGAAGUUGGAAGAAAAGCAUGUGAUGAGGUCGUAAACACGCUGAUGGUGUAUGUGCUCGGGCGGUGUUCAGUUUGGUAAAUGUGAUGUCGAGCAGUCGAUGCUGCAAAUGAAACUUUUUAUCCCUUUCUCUUAUUAGGUCAAUCUAAUGACUCUGUAUAGUCUGUUACAAACGUUUGAAUGCUGGAAGCCAGAUGUGAAAUGUCUAAAUUGUUUCAGUGUUGCGUCAUCACUCAAGCGCACAGUUUGCAACCAGUUCCAACCUCUAGAGGGCAGGAGAGACGCAGGAUUUGAGAACCUGUUGUUGCUGCCUCAACCUUUUAACCUUUUAUUUUCAUACCACAUUCUUUUUGUAACAUCAUUCAAUCAGCUUGCAUUUAAAUAAGGCUGCCCUUUUUUUUAAUGACGUGUUUUGCUUCUGAUAAAAUCACAUCAUGAAUGAUGAUGAACCACUUGACAGAAUCUGUGACCAUUUUUUAUGUUUUGUUUUGCCACUGAUGGUUAAAAAGUUAUCGUAUCAACUUAUCAUCAUUUCCUGUGAAUAAACAUGAGGCUGGUGGCUUGUUGGUCUGAGAAAUUGUCUAUUACUGAGUUUCAUAUUUACUUUACCAGUUUCUCAUGUGUUUCUGCAACUCUUUUCCCUGCUGUGAAUGUUGGUAAAAUGCUGCCUGGCUUACUGUAGAUAUUAUAAUGUUAUGAAACUGCCGGUGUGUAUUAUUCUGUACCAUCGUUUUUAAUAGCCAGUAGUCUUUUACAAGUGAUAGGCAGCAUUUAAUAUCCAUAAUCCUGACAAAGAUCACCUGAUCAUACUGUCACAUUUCCCAACUGCUUGAAAAUGGAUGAUAAACAUUGUCUUCUUUAUGUACGAUUUUGAGAAGUAAUGCAGAAACGUCUGACAUUUUGAAGGUGGCCCCUCCCAUUGUGUCUUUAUAUAUUUUAGUUCAAAACUCUGUUUGUUUCCAGACUGGGCAAAGGUUAAAGCAUCCGAAUGACCAACUUUAGAUCAUUAUUUGUAAUGUCAAAAGUCAAUUUUUGUUUCUGUACACAGUGCCUUUGUUAAACAAUGAAGAGGUCAUUCAUGCAUAAAUGAGCAAUUUGUUCGCUAUUUAUCAUAAACUGUAGAGUUUUAAUGGGAUGUUAUAUUGUGAAUUUACUGUAAAACAAUCUUAUGUAUUAUGCAUAUAUGAUGUUCAGCUCUUUCUACCUUGUUUUAUGUACUUUACAACAUUCUGUACUGCAAAUGUACAAAGGAACACAGAUAUAUCUAUUUAGAUGAUAAAUGUAGCAUUUAACAGACAAUUCAUUGCUUUGGCCUUCAUAUCGUGUGCCAAAAUGUAUAAUUUCUUUAUCUAAUCAGAAUCAUUUUAGAGUAUGUGGUGAAAGACCAAACACUAAAAGACCUACGCCUUAACUCUCGUCUGAAAUGGAAAUCAUCUCUAUUAAAAUGAUAUUGUGGCUUCUCAUGUAUCACUGGCCUAUUGAAGCGCCGAUCCAGCAUGGCAUUUCAAGCAUGUGUUCAUGUUGUGUGUUAUUUUGCCCUAUAAUAAACGUUAUAUCCCUUCCUGUUGAA